AGAAAAAUGGUGACAGAUCUUCGAACAGAUUCUUCGGAUUACCGGACUGAGCUUCUGUCACCGGACGUGACAGGAGAGGCUGUGACAAUGCCAACUGAGGCAGCAUGGAGGCUCAAUAUGGAUGGCUUCAAGCUUCCAGACAGAAACAAGGAUUCUUAUUUUGGCUUUGGCUCUUUUAUUGAGUCAUUAAGGAGGCAAAGAAAAAUUGCAGAAUAUUACAAGAGGCAGAAUAAACUUCUCAAAGGAUUCAAUGAGUUGGACUUAUUUUCGGAAACGGGGUUUUGGCCUGGAAGUUUAACAGAGGAUGAGGUGAACCAGCUUGCAAGAAAUGAAAGGAUAGCAAUAUAUGCAUCUAAUGUGGCUAAUUUGGUGCUUUUCCUGGCCAAAGUGUACGCUUCAUUUGAGAGCAGAUCAUUAGCAGUAAUAGCUUCAACAUUGGAUUCUCUGUUAGACCUCUUGUCAGGGUUCAUUCUUUGGUUUACAUCCAAUGCAAUGAGAAAACCAAAUCAAUACCGGUACCCGAUUGGCAAGAAUCGGAUGCAGCCUGUGGGAAUUGUUGUUUUUGCAUCAGUAAUGGCAACUCUUGGAUUACAAAUCUUGUUCGAAUCGGGACGGCAACUUCUCACAAAGGCUCAACCUGAUAGGGACCCAGUGAAAGAAAAAUGGAUGGUAGGGAUCAUGGUGUCUGCCACAGUGGUGAAGUUUGUGCUGAUGGCAUAUUGCCGUAGAUUCAAAAACGAAAUUGUUCGAGCAUAUGCUCAAGAUCAUCUAUUUGAUGUCAUCACUAAUGGAAUUGGUCUUGCAUCAGCAGUUUUAGCAAUCAGGUUUUACUGGUGGAUUGACCCUGUUGGAGCUAUCAUUAUUGCUUUGUAUACAAUGGGAAAUUGGGCAAAAACAGUGAUGGAAAAUGUGUGGUCACUGAUUGGGAAGACAGCACCAGCAGAGUACUUGGCAAAGUUGACAUAUCUGAUUUGGAACCAUGACAAGGAGAUCCAGCACAUUGAGACAGUGAGAGCCUAUACUUUUGGUUGCAACUAUUUUGUGGAAGUUGACAUAGUCUUGCCUGGGGACAUGUCUCUUAGUCAUGCACAUAACAUUGGAGAAACACUUCAAGAGAAGCUUGAAAACCUUCCUGAGGUUGAAAGAGCUUUUGUUCAUGUGGACUUUGAUAUUACUCACAGGCCAGAGCACAAGCCAAAGUUGUCUUCAUGAUCAAGAAACACAAAACAAGAACAGUAGCUAAGUGUUGUUUGAACUAGCUCUUUUUUCAAUUAUUAAAAAUCAAUCCCAACAUUUGAAGAAGGGAAUUGAACAUAGAGUAG